AUGGCCGCCUCCACCAUGUCUGUCUAUUCCAGCACUUGCACCGAGCCCUGGCAGGUGGAUGACUGCCCAGAAAGCUGCUGUGAGCCCCCCUGCUGUACCUCCAGCUGCUGCGAGCCCAGCUGCUGUGCCCCCUCCUGCUGCCAGCAGUCUAGCUGCCAGCCGACUUGCUGCUCUUGCUCUCCCUGCCAGUCAUCCUGCUGCACACCCAUGUGCUGCAAGCCUCACUUACACUCACAUACUCAUCCACACACUCGCACACUUAUCCCUUUUCUCAUCCAACCUGCCAUGGCCGCCUCCACCAUGUCUGUCUGCUCCAGCACUUACACUGAACCCUGGCAGGUGGAUGACUGUCCAGAGAGCUGCUGCGAGCCCCCCUGCUGCACCUCGAGCUGUUGCCAGCCCAGCUGCUGUGCCCCCAGCUGUUGCCAGCCCAGCUGCUGCACCUCAGCCCCAUGUCUGAGCCUCAUCUGUACCCCUUGCUGCCAGUCAGGUUGUACCAGCUCCUGCACGCCCUCAUGCUGCCAGCAGUCCAGCUGCCAGCCAGCUUGCUGCUCUUCCUCCUGCCAGCCGUCCUGCUGUGUGCCUGCCUGCUGCACACCUGUCUGCUGCAAGCCUGUGUGCUGCACACCUGUCUGCUGCAAGCCUGUUUGCUGCACCCCUGUUUGCUCAGGCAACUCCUCCUCCUGUUGCCAGCCUGCUUGCUGCUCCUGUUCCCCCUGCCAACCAUCCUGUUGUGUGCCCGUCUGCUGCAAGCCUGUCUGCUGCACACCCUGCUGCUCCUCCGUGUCCCUGCUCUGCCGCCCUGUGUGCAGACCUGUCUGCUGUCUUCCAGCCUCCUCCUGCUGUGCCUCCUCCUGCCAGCCCAGCUGCUGCCGCCCAGCCUCCUGUGUGUCACUGCUCUGCAGCCCGGCCUGCUGUCCCCCAGCCUGCUGUAGCCUCUCCUUGGGCCAGAAGUCCUGCUGCUGA